AUUAAACGAAACGCCGACUGCUCUUCGGUCGAGAAGCUGGACGUCAACGGCGGACAUGAGAUCAACGAUCAGAUCAUACGGACGUGUAAUAGCUUUUGGAAACCAGUCGACCAUUUAUUGAACGGAGGCUUUGAAGAGAUAGUGAUGGGUCUGUCUUCACAACCGGCCGAACGCGAGGACAACGUUAUUGUUGAAGAUAUUCGCGGCAAUGUCUUCGGACCUCUCGAAUUCACACGAAGAGAUUUAAUGGCCAUUAAUAUCCAAAGAGGUGAGCAUCUGAUCGCAAUAUUUUGUUUGAUAUUUAAUAAUAUUCUGGUCAUUAUAGGCAGAGACCACGGAUUGCCCGACUAUUUGACUACUAGAAAAGAGUUGGGAUUAGAUGUCGAAGACAUGAGUAAACUCAGUAUUGAAGAGAUUGCGGACAGACUCUGGAGUUAUAACAUUGGUUUAAAUAAUGGAUUAAGAGAGAAAAUAGUGAAAAUAUAUAGGAAUAGAACCGACAAAAUGGAUGUUUGGGUCGGAGGCCUAUUGGAGACAACCCGCACCGGACCCGGAGUGCUCUUCGCACGGGUUAUCACCGAUCAGUUCAGGAGGAUUAGAGACGCCGAUAGAUUAUUUACAAGAGAAGAGAUCGAGAGAUUGAAAGCGUUGACUAUUUAUGACAUUAUUGUCAGCAUUACUGGCAUUAAAUCGGAUAAUAUUCAGCGACGGCUAUUUCAGUUGCCCACAGACUCAAAUCCCAUAUCAAAUGAGUGCUCACAAGCGAUGGCUAAAUAUUCAUACGAUUGUUUCAAUAUUUUCACAAAUACUUCCGAAACGUGUCUCACAUUGGGUGCCGUCACCAGAGAUCGGGUGCUAAACGACAGGUGCACUAAAGCCCAUACAUACGACUAUUUCAUAGGCAAUGAGUGGAGUUAUGCGCUAACCUUCACGGGAAUCGGUUUGUUCGGCAUUUUCUGUGUUCUCGCACUCAAAUGCAUGACUAAUAGCCGGCAAAUGCAAAACGAUAAGCAAAGGCAAAGCAAUUCACGGAUGAAGCGAAUGACACUCAGCGAAGAAAUCGCUUUAGGCCAGGAAUGGGUGGGCAAAAAUGAGGGCUUGAGAUGCGUUCAAAUCAUCUGCAAGUCGUCCAAAAAGUGUAUUGACGUUAAGUUAGAAAACGGAACAAAAGCUGUCCGUAGUAUUGAUUUACGAGACGCGGCGGCCAUUGAAUUGCAGGCCAGCGCUAACCGAAAGCAGGAUUAUCUGCUUCUCAAAGUGGCCAAUGAAUACGAUUUGGUUCUCAAGUUUGACUCCUAUUACGAAAGGGAGAGAUUCGCCACAAAAGUGGAGCUCUUUCUCGAAGAGAUUGGAGUCGGAAGAGAAAGGAUUGAAUUGGACUUAAAGUCUAUGUUGAAGACCGCCUACACUAAGGAGAGGCGACAGAAACACUUGGAACAGUUCUUCAGAGUUGUCUUCUCUCAUUUCGCGGACGCGCUCUCAAUGAGACCCGACUCGACAUUCAUUCAACAGAUGUUCGCUUUGGUGGACAAAGACAACAACGGAUACAUCUCUUUCCGUGAGUUCUUGGAUAUGAUUGUAAUCUUCGCGAAAGGAACCGCUGACCAGAAGGCAAAACUCAUGUUCGAUAUGUAUGACAUGAACAGCACCGGGAAGUUGACGGUCGACGAGUUCAAGACAAUGAUCCGAUCGAUGCUAGAGUUGGCCAAUCAGAGCAUUUCCGCCCAACAGAUGGACGAAGUGAUCGGAUCAAUGUUUAGGAGCGCCGGACUUAGAAGUCGUCAGGAAUUGACAUUCAAUGACUUCCAGAAACUGUUGGGCGACUAUAAGGAAGAGCUCGGAUACGCGGAACUCAACUUCGAUGUGAGUGGCAUUCAAGAGAUCGCUUCUCCCGGAGGCAACAAAAGACAAAGCGCUUACCUGAAGGCGAACCAAACGCUGAUCCGGGCCUACAGUUACUUCGGCGGCACGACAGCGAUGCCAAACGAUCCGACACAGCAGACCAUUAAACCGAUCGCUAAGACAUCGCCCUCUUUGCUAAGAGUGGAGACCCACGAAGCGAAGAGAGGGCCCGAAUGGCUCACUGUAUGGAAACGAUCGGUCGACGAACACAAAUUGGAAAUAUUUUGGAUCACAAUCUAUACGGCAAUCAUUACUUACAUUUUCAUCGAAAAAGCCCACACGUAUACAUAUCUGCGAGAAGACGGAGGGCUGAGACAAAUCGCUGGUCUGGGCGUGACUUUGACUCGAGGGGCGGCCAGUGUUAUGAUGUUUUGCUACUCCACUAUACUGUUGACAAUGUGUCGAAAUAUCAUCACAUUCUUGAGGGAGACGUUUCUGCACCGAUUUGUUCCCUUCGACGGCGCCGUCAGUCUUCAUAAGUACAUCGCCUUCUGGGCUCUCGUCAUGUCAUUAAUGCAUUCAAUUGGUCACGCGAUUAACUUUUACCACGUGUCCACUCAAACGGCCGACGACAAUAAGUGCCUCUUCAGAGAGUUUUACCGCUCAUCCGAUGAAAUACCAAACUUUCUGUACUGGUGUUGGGGAACCAUAACUGGGAUUACGGGUGUAUUCCUCUUGUGUCUGGUAUUCCUGAUGUAUAUCUUCGCCAUUCAGUACUCGAGGCGUAAUAUAUUCAACGCGUUUUGGGCCACACAUAAUCUGUAUCCCGUUUUAUACAUAUUAAUGGUUUUGCACGGUUUGGGCCGUUUAGUACAGCCGCCCAUCUUUUAUAACUACUUUACUAUUCCUAUCAUUUUGUUUACAAUCGACCGAUUAAUUAGCGUUAGCCGAAAGAAAGUGGAGAUAUCAGUGGUGAGGGCUGUCUUACACCCGUCCGAUGUGACACAUCUCGAGUUCAAACGACCGCCAGGUUUUGAAUACAAGAGCGGCCAAUGGGUCCGUAUAGCGUGUCUGGCGCUCAGUAGCAGUGAAUACCAUCCGUUCACUCUGGCCUCAGCCCCACACGAGGACAACCUCUCGCUGUUUAUCCGAGCCGUCGGUCCCUUCACGAAGAAUAUACGCCAAACCUAUGACCCAAACAACUUGGGUUCGCGCGCUUACCCUAAACUAUAUCUGGACGGCCCGUACGGUGAGGGACAUCAGGAUUGGCUCAAGUUUGAGGUAUCGGUUCUCGUCGGCGGAGGCAUUGGUGUCACGCCUUUCGCAUCCAUUCUCAAAGACAUUGCCUUUAAUUCUGGACUCAAUAAGAAUAUCGUUUGCAAAAAAGUAUACUUUCUAUGGGUUACGCGAACUCAGAAGCACUUCGAGUGGUUAUCGGAUGUGAUCAGAGAUACCGAAGAGAAAGAUAUGUCCAAUUUAUUGACAACACAUAUAUUCAUCACACAGUUCUACGAGAAGUUUGACUUAAGGACAACAAUGUUGUAUAUAUGCGAACGACAUUUUCAGCGGAUAUCCAACAGAUCUCUGUUCACUGGCCUGAAAGCCAAGACUCACUUCGGAAGACCUAAUUUCACUGUAUUUCUCGACUCUUUACAACAGGAACACCCAAAUGUGACCCGAGUGGGUGUGUUUAGCUGUGGUCCGGGGCCGAUGACCGGUAACGUACAGCAGGCCUGCGAAACGCUGAACCGGAGGGAGGGCGCCAUCUUCUCCCAUCAUUUCGAGAAUUUUUAACUCGAUGUUUAAUUUAAUUAAUUUGUUAUAACAAAAUCAUUGAUUAUUUAAUU